AUGUCAAAACGGAUUGAUGUUUUCUCCAUGCAAAUUGUUGUGAUAUAUUUGAAGGAAUAUAACGACUUUAUUAACAUCGUUUUGGUAUGUAAAAAGUAUAAGAAUGUACUUGACCGUGUUCGAAUGAAUCCAAUUCAAAUCACUCCAAAAACAAAGAACCUAUUUAAAUGCAUUCAAACUCAAAAAAUAUUUUCUCCAUUUGAUGUAAAACUGAACACUGAAAAAUUGUUUUUUAAUUAUCCAAAAAGUGCAAAAGAGUGUUUAAUCGAAUUUAAUAAUUUUAAUGUCUGUCCAUUUUCUGUUUUUACAAGAGAAGAUCAAACUUAUUUUAAUGAUAAUAUUCCGGACUUUGUGAGGAUAAUAGGAGAAAAUACAUUCAAAGGAUGUAAAGAGGCUUCAAUAACACUUCCUAACUCAGUUAUCGAAAUUUUUCAAAACGCAUUUUCUGGAUGCUCAAACAUUACAGAAAUUGUACUACCACCACAUCUCACACACAUUGGAAAUAGUGCGUUUUACAAUUGUAAAAGUUUAAAAGAGAUAAAGCUCCCCGAACUGCUUGAGUAUAUUCCAAACUCGUGUUUCUUUGGAUGCACCUCUCUUUCUUCUGUGAACUUUGGAACAAAUGUCACUUUAAUAGGACAUGAUGCUUUUCGUAAAUGCGGAUUUAAAGACUUCACAAUUGACAAGAACGUAUUUAUUAAAAAAUCAAUUUUUGUAUGCAACACACUUACAAAGAUUACAUUUUGUGGUAAAAAGUGCAUUCUAUGUAGUACGUGUUGUGAAUGUUUACAACUAAAAGAAGUUGUGAUGGACGACAACGUGGAAAUGAUUGCAAAUUACGCGUUUGUGGAUUGUAUGUCACUCGAGAAGAUCACAUUGUCUGCAAAUUUGGAAGUUAUUGGACCUAACGCAUUUUCUUACUGUCGAAAACUAAUGCAAUUUGAUGUUCCACAUAAAGUUCGAUUAGUUGGAAGUUUUGCAUUUGAAAAAUGUGAACAAUUGAAAGAACUUGUUUUUGGUGAGAAUGUUGUGUUUGAUAAAGGGGGGUGUUUUGAGAAGUGCACUUCAUUGACUCGAUUGAAUGUACCAAUUAAUCAUAUGAAAUAUUUGUACAUCGCAACUGAAAAUGAAAAAGAAAUAUUUGAAAGACUUGGCAUUGAAGUUUUGAAUGUAAUGAAAAGCAAAUGUGUAAAUGAAAGUGUGUUCAAGUUUGACAAUUUUUGUGACACAAGGGAUACCAUUUCAAAUCAUGCGAAUUACAUCCAUCUUGGUGAUUUGGACGUGUUUGAUUCAAAUUCGUAUUAUUUAAGUGAACAUCCAAGGAUAUACAUUCCCUCUACUGUUGUUGAUGGUGACAUUGGAUUCAGCAGAUUUGACAAUCCGAUUGAAAAAAUUGUUAUUCCAAACAAUUUACUUUUGAUUCAAGAAAACGACUUUUAUGUUCGCAACGCAAAAAGUAUCCUAAUAUCAUCCAUUGUCACAAAAAUACAGAGAUAUUGCUUUUCUAAUUCAUUGAUUAAAGAAUUUGCUGUACCUCAAAGUGUGCGUAAAAUUGAAUCAAAAGCGUUCUCUGAUUCAUCUGAUAUGACGUCGCUUUACAUCCCAAAAAGUGUCACAAAAAUUGGGAAACAUGUUUUUGUGGGGUGCACCAAUUUAAAAUCAAUUGUAUUUGAAGAUGGUCGUCAUUUUGAUAUUGAAAUGGAAACUGAAGAUCAAGAAAAUGUUUGUAAUGUGACACUUAAUACAGCUAAAUUAGAUGACAACGUCGAGUUUCCUCUUGAUAGUACAAAAAUAAAAGUACCAUCGAGUGUCACAAAAAUAUGUUCUCCGUAUUUUAAAAAAUACGCCAAUCUAUGUGAAGUCGUAUUGCCAACAACAAUCAAAAAGAUUGAAAAAUUCAUCUUUGUUGGGUGCACUAAACUUACUAAAAUAACAUUUUAUGAUUCUUUUAAUGAUUUACACAAAUUAAAUGGUAAAAGCGACACAAUUGAAAAAUUUAAAAAGUACCUUUUUGACACCGUUAGUGUGAGUUACGCGUUUUAUCUUCAAAUGAAGGCGUUUGGGUAUAUAUUUAACAACGUAAAUUUAACAUCAAAAGACUUGGAAUUGUAUGGCACAGAAAUAGAUUAUUCUGUUAUUAAAAGCAUCAACGAUGUUGAUAAAAAUGUGAUUAUAAAGAACAUUAUCAAUUUAAAAAAAUACAUCUCAGAAUCUUAUUGUGAUAUUACUAAAUUUGUUAUACCGUCAAAAAUUGAAUGUAUUAAUACAUGUAAUUUUGUUAGUGAAAAUCUCAGAGAAAUCGAUAUCUCAUUAGUUACGAAAAAAGUCACUAGAUAUUGUUUUAGUGGUGCGCAAUUUCUACAAAGUGUCACAUUUUCAAACACAUUAGAAAAAAUCGGAGAUGAAGUCUUUAUUAAUUGUAAUUCAUUGAAAAAUAUAACCUUUCCAAAAAGUCUCAAAAAAGUUGGGAAAAGGUGUUUUGCAAAUUGUUAUUCACUUGAAAAUGUGUGUUGUGAGUCAAAAGAAGUUGUUUACAACUCGCAGUGUUUCAUGAAUUGUUUUAACUUAAAUUGUGUUCCAAAAAUUCAACAUUUAAAAAAUGGCGUUUUUUGGGGUUGCAAUUCUCUUGUCAAAUUUGACAGUUUUGAAAAUGUUGAAAGUAUUCCUCAUUGUACGUUUAUGAAGUGCUACAAUUUAAGAGAAAUCAUAUUACCAAAGACUUUGAAAACAAUUGGAAAAUUCGCAUUCAAAAACUGUGUUUCACUCGAAAGCGUCACAUUCCCAAAAUUGCUAAAUACAAUCGAAGAUGGAUGUUACAUGAAUUGCUCUAAGCUUUGUCGUGUCAAUUUGGGACAUUUAAACAUAACAUUUGGAAGUGAUGUUUUCGAAGGAUGCACAUCACUUAAUUCGAUACUUUUUGAAAACGAAAAUGUUUUAUUUUAUGAUGGAGAAGUCAGUUACACGCUUUAUAAACAAUUUGAGAAAAAUCAAAUUGUUUGUGACAACGUAAAAGUGAAAUUUAACGAUUUGACGAUUUUUGGAAUUGAUAUUUUAAAAGAUAAAAAGGUUCGUCGGAUUGAUGAAGGAGCGUUUUUUAACAACACAACAAUCACCAAAAUCGAAAUACCAAAUAACAUCACUAAUAUUGGAGACUUUUGUUUUGCUUGUGCAACACAACUUGAAAGAGUUGUGUUGCCGUCCUCAAUAACAGAACUCCCUCCUUUCUGUUUUGAUAAUUGUGUAUCAUUGAAGACAAUCAAUUUGGAACAUAUUAAGAAAAUCGGGAUGGGGUGUUUCGACAACACAAAUGGGGCUGUUUUGGUAACAAACAGGGUUGUUUUUAAGAUAUUUUAUAAAAACAAGACCGAAAAUAUUAAACCAUUAUUUACUAUACUCAAUAUCGCUAAUUAA